CCACACAAAAAAGAUAGCUAAACAAAAGCUACUCCCAGCACAUUCUGAAAAUACCGAUAACCCUAGCUAGCUAGCAACGAAACAAUGAGCUCUUCUUCAAGCUUCGACGAAACGAACAUCGUGGUCCACCUCCACCACCCCGAAGAACACAAAUUGCCCUCUGUGAGAUUUGAUAUGAUUACUUUUGUUGGAGUCAUGGUGUGUGUCGUCAUUGCAAGUGCAAUUCUUGUGGCGUCCAUUAUUUGGUGUUCAAGGAAGCAAGAGAAAGCUGCAGCGAAGCUUAAAGAAGCUAAGAAACAAAAGAGUCUUGAUAUCCUCAAAGGCAACUUGGACUGCAAACCAUGGUGCCCCAAUGAUGACUACGAUGCAACUGAGAGCUCGGACGAAAUGACAUCUUCUCCCUCUUGCAGAUCUUCUAUUGCAUGCCUCGAGUCCAGUGUGUCUUCCUCGUCUUCUUUGGAAUCUGUUAAUGUAGAGGAUGAUGAGGAGAUGCAAAUGCAGGUGGUAACAAUGAAUGGAGACGAACUAGACAUCAACCAGACUCCUUCUUUGAAGCAUCACCAGGAUAGUUCCUGCUGCCCCAUUUGCAAUGAGAAGUACCAGGUUGGGCAACCUGUCUAUGAAUCAAACAAUCCUCAGUGUGGACAUCAAGCCCACAAAGUGUGCAUGGAGAAGAGGCUGGAACGUCGGAAUUCAUGCCCUCUUUGCGUACAACCGUUUGUCUUGAGAACAGUUUAAAAUAUUUUGCCCUUGAGACAAUCCUUUGGCCUACGUCCCCUUCCAGCCUCCAGAGCCUUCCUCCUCAUUGACCACAAAGCCUCCAGUUUCUCCAACCUCCUAUUGAAAGAAGCAACGCCCCUCAUCUCAAGCCGUCCUUCGGCAUUCCGUGUCUCAUCCCUCUACAGGCCUCAAAAAUACUGAGGGCCUCUUCAAUUUUAAAAAAUUUCAUCCUUGCAUCUUACGCUGGCUUAUUUAGAAUCCGUUGCAUCGAACUUCGAACACCCU